CGAGCCGGAGCCGCAGCCAGUGCCCGGACCAGGCCGGGGUCUGGAACCGCAGGGCCGGGCUGCUCGUAGCGGCGGCGACGGAGCCCCCCAGCGGCUGAGGGGCUUCCUCCCAGCCCCUUGCCGGUGGCCGGGACUCAGCAAGUCCCCGCAGCCGGGCAGCGCGGGGAUCCCCCACCAAAUCCAGGACCCAGAGACCCCCCAAGAAGGCGGGGGCCCCUCUAAGUCCAAAACAAAACGACUCCCCAGCCGGGGAAGGCGAAGAAUUCCUCCGUAUUCAGAAGAUAGCGACGUUCCUAUGGUGCCGCGAAGAUUCCCCCUCUUCAAUCUGGGCCCCCCCAAGACCUAGAACGCAGUGAUCCCCCCGUCCGAGAUUGCGAGCACCCCUUCAAGAUCCUGGUCAAUACAACUCCACACCUCAAGACACGAAGACCCAGCUCAGAGCGCCCCUAGAUCGGGGGUCCGAGACUCCCCCCAAUUCCGGUACACAGAAUCCCUAAAUCUAGGGACCCGAGGAUAGCAAGAGCUUCCCCUCACCAGCAAGAGGCCUCGGGGAUCCCCCCAAAGCUCCAGGACCGGGGCCACGGAGCCUCUUGCGGCACCCUUCUCAUCCCAGCCCAUGGUUGUGGAGCCCUGAGCCCCCGGGGCCGGGCUGACGAAAAUCGAGACGGCGCCCAGGCCCCCUGCCGCGGCGUCCCCGCGGCCCCAGCCCAGGGAGAAGAUGAGCGUGGGUUGCCCAGAGCCAGAGCCACCUCGCUCCCUGCCCUGCUGUGGGCCAGGGAGCGCCCCUGGACUGGGUGCAAGCGUGCCCCUCCUCACUGAAGACAUGCAGGCGCUGACCCUCCGAACACUAGCUGCUAGUGAUGUCACCAAACACUACGAACUCGUCCGGGAGCUGGGCAAAGGCACCUAUGGGAAGGUCGACCUGGUGGCCUACAAGGGCACAGGCACGAAAAUGGCGCUGAAGUUUGUGAAUAAGAGUAAAACGAAGCUGAAGAACUUCCUGCGGGAGGUGAGCAUCACCAACAGCCUCUCCUCCAGCCCCUUCAUUAUCAAGGUCUUUGACGUGGUGUUUGAGACGGAGGACUGCUACGUCUUCGCCCAGGAGUAUGCGCCCGCCGGGGACCUGUUCGACAUCAUUCCUCCUCAGGUUGGGCUCCCCGAGGACACGGUGAAGCGCUGCGUGCAGCAGCUGGGCCUGGCGCUGGACUUCAUGCACGGGCGGCAGCUGGUGCACCGCGACAUCAAGCCGGAGAACGUGCUGCUGUUUGACCGCGAGUGCCGCCGCGUGAAGCUGGCCGACUUCGGCAUGACGCGCCGCGUCGGCUGCCGCGUGAAGCGAGUCAGCGGCACCAUCCCGUACACGGCGCCCGAGGUGUGCCAGAAAGGGCGGACGUGGGCCUUCGGCGUGCUCAUCUUCUGCGUGCUCACUGGCAACUUCCCAUGGGAGGCAGCCUCUGGCGCCGACGCCUUCUUCGAGGAGUUCGUGCGCUGGCAGCGCGGCCGCCUGCCCGGGCUGCCGUCGCAGUGGCGCCGCUUCACGGAGCCGGCGAUGACUGUUCUCAACCCUUCCGGGAUAUCACUGGGCCUUUCCCACUGCUGGACCGAUGGCCGCCCGGACAAGAGCAAAGGGCAGGUGGUGCUGGCCACGGCCAUCGAGAUCUGCGUCUGA